AUGGAUCAUUGUCAGGACAAAGACGAGGAUAUUUCUCCCUCUAAAACCGCAAAACCCACCAGCAAAACUCAGAGGAAUCAACCUGGAACUGCACCUGCACCCAGCUGUGUGUCCUAUCAGAGUGAUAAUUCAAAGAGUUUUGAUAUUAACUUUAAAUCAGACCAGAGUUCUUCUGCUAAGAGGAAUCAACCUGCACCCAGCUGUGUGUCCUAUCAGAGUGAUAAUUCAAAGAGUUUUGAUAUUAACUUUAAAUCAGACCAGAGUUCGUCUGCUAAGAGAAUUAACCAGCAUGGUUUGGAGGUUCCCAGUGGUCAGUCUGCAAAGCAGCCUCAAACAGAAAUGGACUCCAUAUUUAUGAUGCUGGAGGACAAUAUCGUCACUUUUGUCAAAAAAGAGCUGAAAAGAAUCCAGUGGGCUUUAGAUCCAGAUUACCCAGAAGGCUCAGAGAGUGAGAGUAAGGAUGAGGAUGUGUUGGAGGGUUUCAAUGAAAAGCAAAUGACCAUAACUGAAGCUUUUGUAAGGAUCACACAAAAGUUCCUGAGGAAGAUGAAGCAGGAUGAACUGGCUGAUUGUCUGUCAAAAAGUCCUUCUGUUGCAGUUUACAAGCGAAAACUUAAAUAUGCUCUGAAAAAUAAGUUCCAGUGUGUGUUUGAGGGGAUCGCCAAAGCAGGAAACCCAACCCUUCUGAAUCAGAUCUACACAGAGCUCUACAUCACAGAGGGAGGGACCGGAGAGGUCAAUACUGAACACGAGAUUAGACAGAUUGAAGCAGCAUCUUGGAAAGCAGACAGACCAGAAACAACAAUUAGACAAGAAGACAUCUUUAAACUCCCACCUGGAAGACAUGAACCAGUCAGAACAGUGAUGACAAAGGGCGUGGCUGGCAUUGGGAAAACAGUCUUAACACAGAAGUUCACUCUGGACUGGGCUGAAGGCAAAACUAACCACAACAUCCACUUCAUGUUUCCAUUCACUUUCAGAGAGCUGAACGUGCUGAAAGAGAAGAAGCUCAGCUUGGUGGAACUUGUUCAUCACUUCUUUACUGAAACCAAAGAAAUGUGCAGCUUUGAAGACUUCCAGCUUGUGUUCAUCUUUGAUGGUCUGGAUGAGUGUCGACUUCCUCUGGACUUCCACAACAAUCAGAUCCUGACUGAUGUGACAGAGUCCACCUCAGUGGAUGUGCUGCUGACAAACCUCAUCAGGGGGAAACUGCUUCCCUCUGCUCGCCUCUGGAUAACCACACGACCUGCAGCAGCCAAUCAGAUCCCUGCUGAGUGUGUUGGCAUGGUGACAGAGGUCAGAGGCUUCACUGACCCACAGAAGGAGGAGUACUUCAGGAAGAGGUUCAGAGAUGAGGAGCAGGCCUGCAGGAUCAUCUCCCACAUCAAGAUAUCACGAAGCCUCCACAUCAUGUGCCACAUCCCAGUCUUCUGCUGGAUCACUGCUACAGUUCUGGAGGAGGUGAUGGAAACCAGCGAGGGAGGAGAGCUGCCCAACACCCUGACUGACAUGUACAUCCAUUUCCUGGUGGUUCAGACCAAAGUGAAUAAAGUUAAGUACAAAGAAAAAGCUGAGACAGAUCCACACUGGAGUCCAGAGAGCAGGAAGAUGAUUGAGUCUCUGGGAAAACUGGCUUUUGAUCAGCUGCAGAAAGGAAACCUGAUCUUCUAUGAAUCGGACCUGACAGAGUGUGGCAUCGAUAUCAGAGCAGCCUCAGUGUACUCAGGAGUGUUCACACAGAUCUUUAAAGAGGAGAGAGGCCUGUACCAGGACAAGGUGUUCUGCUUCGUCCAUCUGAGUGUUCAGGAGUUUCUGGCUGCUCUUCAUGUCCAUCUGACCUUCAUCAACUCUGGUGUUAACCUGCUUGAAGAACAACAACAAGCACCUUCAGUGUGGUCUAAAAUUUUCAACAUUAAAAAAUCAAAACAAAUCUAUCAGUGUGUUGUUGACAAAGCCUUAAAAAGUCCAAAUGGACACUUGGACUUGUUACUCCGUUUCCUUCUUGGCCUUUCACUGCCAACCAAUCAGGCACUCUUACGAGAUCUGCUAACACAGAAAGAAAAUAGUUUACAGGCCAGUCAGGAAACAGUCCAGUAUCUCAAAGAGAAAAUCAACCAGAAUCUGUCUGCAGAGAAAAGCAUCAAUCUGUUUCAUUGUCUGAAUGAACUGAAUGAUCAUUCUCUGGUAGAGGAGAUGCAACAGUCUUUAAAAUCAAAAAGUCUAUCCACAGAUGAACUGUCUCAAGGUCAGUGGUCAGCACUGAUCUUCAUCCAGUUGUCAUCAGGAAAAGAUCUGGAUGUGUUUGACCUGAAGAAAUACUCUGCUUCAGAGGAGGUUCUCCUGAGGCUGCUGCCAGUGCUCAGAGCCUCCAACAAAGCUCUACUUUAUGACUGUAACCUCACAGAGAGAAGCUGCAAAGUUCUGUCCUCAGCUCUCAGCUCCCAGACCUGUAAUCUGUUGGAAGUGGACUUGAGUAACAACAACCUGCAGGAUUCAGCAGUGAAGCUGCUCUCGUCUGGACUGAAGAGUUCAAGCAGCAAACUAAAAACUCUCAGAAUGAGUGACUGUAACCUCUCAGAGAGAAGCUGUGAAGCUCUGUCCUCGGCUCUCAGCUCCAAGAUCUGCAAUCUGUUAGAGCUGGACCUGAGUAACAACAACCUGCAGGAUUCAGGAGUGAAGCUGCUGUCGUCUGCACUGGAGAAUCCAAGCUGCAAACUGGAAAUUCUCAGACUGAGUGACUGUAACCUCUCAGAGAGAAUCUGUGAAGCUCUGUCCUCAGCUCUCAGCUCCAAGAUCUGCAAUCUGUUAGAGCUGGACCUGAGUAACAAUAACCUGCAGGAUUCAGGAGUGAAGCUGCUGUCGUCUGGAUUGAAGAGUUCAAGCUGCAAACUAAAAACUCUCAGACUUAGAUCGUGUAACCUUUCAGGGAAAACUUGUGACUACAUGUCAUCAGUUCUCAGCUCCCAGUCGUGUUGUCUGACGGAAGUCGACCUGCUUAACAACAACCUACAGGACUCAGGGGAGAAGCUGCUGUCUGGAGGACUGAAGCAAUCCAACUGGACACUCGAAAUCUUUAGGGUGAAUCCUGCUGGAGCCCGAUGGAUGAAACCAGGUCUGAGAAAGUACUCCUGUCAACUCACAGUCGAUAUCAACACAUUGAACACGGGGCUCGAACUGUCGGACGACAACAGGAAAGUGGCGCGUGUGGAAAAGGAUCAGCUGUAUCCUGAUCAUCCAGACAGAUUUGAAGUCUGCCCACAGCUGCUGUGUAGUAAUGACCUGGCAGGUCGCUGUUACUGGGAGGUCGAAUGGAGAGGAACAGUUUAUAUAUCAGUGAGUUACAGAGGAAUUGGAAGGAAAGGGGCAGGUAAUGACUGCAUCUUUGGUGAGAACGAUCAGUCCUGGAGUCUGGAGUGCUCUGAUGAUGGCUUCAGUGUGAGUCACAAUAACACCAAGUCACACUUCUCCUCCUCUGCCUCCCAUAGAAUAGCAGUGUAUGUGGACUAUUCUGCUGGAAUUCUGUUCUUCUACACCAUCUCCUCUGACAAACUGUUUCAGCUCCACACCUUCAACGCCACAUUCACUGAACCUCUUUAUCCUGGGUUUACAUUCUGGCCUGGUUCCUCUGUGUUUCUACAUUAA